AUGGAGCCUCCCGUUCGUGUUAGGAUCCAAGAUGCGUACGAGCGCAUCAAGGCCGAUAUUCCUGUUGGCGUCAACCCUGUGGUGAAAGUGCCUCUCUCUAUUUGGACGCACAACACCAAGCUCCACAUCAACGAAAUCGAGCCGAUGGAUACGGGAGGUGGCGGUGGCACGGCUGGUGGCACUACGACUGGCGGCACUACGGGAACGACCGGCCAGGCAAGCACUCGUCAAGUUGCCAAUCAGUCUCGGCAGGUGACGCUAUGCAAACGCAACAGCAGGUACGAACGAACGAGGAGAUCUGACAAGGAUUAUUGCGCAGCACAACCAGCUCCAGCAGCUCAUUGCGCAGGAAGUAGGACCCGCGACAGUUCGGCUGCUGCUUUGAGAGGUUGGUUGGAGACUUGGCUUGGCGCGGAGCUGACGAAACUCAAUGGAAAUAUUUGCAGGAUUGCUGUUCAGCCUCCAAGGAUGGCAACACCUGAUCAGGUAGAUGAGUGGAUGCAUGGUAUUGGUGGCAACAAGCCAGCCAAGAACUUCACUGCUGAUGAUAUCAGGGCUUGCAAGUCAACCUACUCCAGGAGGAAGCCACUCUGGACUCUCAUGGCUACACUUGUCAAUUCUGGCAAAGCUCCAGCUUGGGUGAUCACCAAGAUUGAGCACCAUUACAAAGGAAGUGUUUUGAAUAUUACUGCUGCCAUCAAGCAGGACACCAUUAUGGGCAGUCUGCAUGAGGAUCUUUGUAUUGUUCGUGCUCAGUAA